AGUAUCCUCCACCAUGGCUCGUAAUGAAGAAAAGGCCCAGUCUAUGCUCUACCGCUUCCGCGAAGCCCAAGCCGCCGAGCUCGGGCUGGGCACGCGCGGGGACCGCCGCCCGAAGAUGGCGUCCGCGUGCAAGUCCCUGCGCGAGUGCGAGCGCUGGCGCGGCGAGCUCCUCCGCGAGAUAUCACGCAAAGUAUCAAAGAUCCAGGACGCCGGGUUGACGGACUAUGAGCUGCGGGACUUGAACGACGAGAUUAACAAGCUGCUGAGGGAGAAGCGGCACUGGGAGAACCAGAUUGUUGCGCUGGGGGGUGCGAAUUAUAGACGGAAUAUGGCGAUGCUGGAUGAUGAUGGGAAGGAGGUGCCGGGGACGAAGGGGUAUAAGUACUUUGGGCGAGCAAAGGAGCUGCCGGGUGUGAAGGAGCUGUUCCAGUCGCGCAAGAAGGAUGAGGAGGAGGAGAACCAAGCGUUGGCGUACUACCGCAAGUUCACGAACCAGGGGCCUGCAUACUUCGGUGACUUGGACGAGAACGACGGGAGUCUAUUGGACUAUGAGCGUGCGGCUGAGGAUCAAGAUUGGGCCGACGCACACACGCACGCGCUCGAGAUGCUCAACCUCCCAUCCGACACCCCCGUCCCGCCCAUCCCACGCGGCGGGCCCCCACCAUCCUCCGCCGCCGCCGAACCUGCCGAACCCGCUGAACCCACCCCUGCCAAAGCCACCAAAACCAAGGGCAAAGCCAAAGCCAAACCCUCAAAGAAGUCAAAACGGAAAGCCGCGGAGAGCGCCGACGCUGACGAUACCGAGAUGGCCGCGCCCGAUGGUGAUGCAGCGAAACGCCCUAAAUCUGACGUUGCAGUUGCGUCAACGACCAAGGAGGUCGACCCGGCAGACGCGACGGCUGCCGCUCUUGCUGCUGCUGUUGCAUACAUACCAUUCCUAUCGCCAGGGGAUCUCACACAUCCGCACAUGCCGACGCGGGAGGAGCACGAGCAGACGCUGUUGGCGCUGAGGAAGAAGGCACUUGUCGAGGAGUACUUCGGGUAGUGUGGACGAAGGGUGCACUAUGCGCGGGAGAGAGGCUGGUUGCUGACUGGUUGCUUCGCUACUCUGUAUUGUUACUUGAUCACCUUUCA